AUGUCGAUCCGCCAUAGUCAAUCUGCAAAAUCACCGCCGCAUACCCCGCAGCACCAUUUGCGCUCGAAUAAUAACUCCUUCGCGAGCACGUCUUCCGGCUCCACAUACCGCGUGGAAGAAGAUGCGAUAAUAUUCGAUCUCGGCACUCGAUGGCUCCGGGCCGGCUUCGAAGGCGAGAGCGAGCCGAAAUGUGUGCUAGGAAUUGGCCCAAAUGAGUCGCGGAGGGCUGGAGAUUACAGACAAUGGCUGAAGGGUACACCGGUGGCAGACGACACACUACCACAGCCACCAGCGAGGCCGGACGACUGGACGCGGCCAUUCGAGUUGUGGCACAUGGAUCUACGCGAGCUUGAUUUGGGUCUCGUUGAGGAUAAGAUAGAGAGGAUGUUUCGGGAGGCAUACAACAAAUACCUCUUGACCGACGCGGGCUCGGCACGAUUGGUUCUUGUUCUGCCGUCUGUUAUACCACAUCCGUUGCUGUCAUCGCUUUUGACAACGCUGUUUAAUCGGUGGAGGAUCCCUAGUAUAUCGUUGUUGACGAGCGCUGCAAUGGCCGCGACAGCAGCUGGACUGCGGUCGGCUUUAGUGGUGGAUAUUGGCUGGGCGGAGACCGUCGUGUCCGGGAUUUAUGAGUACAGGGAAGUCACUACAAAACGGAGUACAAGGGCGAUGCGGUCUUUAAUUCAGGAAACGGGGCGAAUGUUUACGCGGCUUUUGGGCGGGGAUUCACAGCCGGAUACGAUUUCAGUGGAAUUUGAAUUCUGUGAGGAGGUCGUCAGUCGGUUCGCAUGGUGCCAGCCUUCAAGAUCCGGUUAUUACAAAGAAACAGCAGAAAAUUCAUUGGCGGACAUCUUAGACAAGACCAUCUCUAUACCGUCCCCGUCAAACCCUGGGUCUUCCGACAUCGAGCUUCCGUUUUCUAAACUGGAGGAGCUAGUGGAAAAGGUGCUACUCGCGCAAGGCAUGGCGGACAGCGACCUGGACGACCAAGAAAAGCCGAUCUCUCUACUGGUAUACAAUACACUUCUCAGCCUCCCACCCGACGUGCGCGGUAUAUGCAUGUCGCGUAUCGUCUUUGUCGGCGGUGGAGCCAACAUUGCAGGCAUCCGCAGCCGGAUUCUGGACGAAGUAGCGCACUUGAUAGAGCUGUACGGCUGGAGCCCCGUCCGCGGCCGUCUUAUUGAGCAACAGAUACAGAAGCUACAAAGUCUGAAACUAUCGCAAUCAACACCACAUCCGGAAGCUACCCAGAGUCAGACGCAGAUUACGGCUAAAGUCGAACCUACCGCGGACACGAAGUACGAAACUGCAGACGAACCAGACCAAUCGGACGAACUAGACGAACCAGAGGUCGAGAUUGACCCAAUUGAACAGAAACUCCUUCGCACCCGCGAAAAAGACGCUGUCCCUCCCGUCCAAGGUGUCCUCCGCGAAGUCGAGUCACUCGGUCCCUGGGCAGGAGCUAGUCUUGUUACAGGCCUCAAGGUCCGCGGCUUAGUAGAGAUCGAGCGCGAAAAAUACCUCCAGCAUGGUCUUGCGGGUGCGAGUCGGGACGCGGAACAUGCCCAUGGUCAUUGUCAUAGGGACCGGGAGCAUGGGAUUCCGGACCGCCGGUCGUUGAGGGCGGGCGAUAGGUCUAGUUGGACGUUGGCAGGGUGGGGGUGA